AAAAUUAAAAAUGCUGUCCAGGCUGUUCCGCAUGCAUGGGCUUUUUGUUGCCUCCCACCCUUGGGAGGUGAUUGUCGGAACAGUCACAAUUACUAUUUGCAUGAUGUCCAUGAAUAUGUUUACUGGCAAUAAUCAGAUUUGUGGAUGGAAUUUUGAAUGUCCAAAGAUUGAGGAGGAGAUAUUAAGUAGUGAUAUCAUAAUACUGACCAUCACGCGCUGCUUAGCAAUCUUGUACAUAUACUUCCAAUUCCAGAACCUCCGACAACUUGGUUCCAAGUAUAUGCUAGGGAUUGCUGGUCUCUUCACCAUUUUCUCCAGCUUUGUUUUUAGCACUGUUGUAAUUCAUUUUCUGGAUAAAGAACUAACUGGCCUCAAUGAAGCCUUGCCUUUCUUCUUGCUGCUAAUUGAUCUAUCCAAAGCCAGUGCCCUGGCCAAAUUUGCACUGAGCUCCAACUGCCAGGAUGAAGUAAGGGAAAAUAUUGCACGUGGAAUGGCCAUUCUGGGUCCCACUUUCACUCUUGAUGCUCUUGUGGAAUGUCUUGUGAUAGGUGUUGGUACUAUGUCUGGCGUGCGACAAUUGGAAAUCAUGUGCUGCUUUGGAUGCAUGUCUGUUUUGGCAAACUACUUUGUCUUUAUGACAUUUUUCCCAGCUUGCGUCUCCCUUGUAUUGGAGCUUUCCCGAGAAAGUCGUGAGGGUCGUCCAAUUUGGCAGCUUGGUCAUUUUGCUCGUGUCUUGGAGGAAGAAGAAGAUAACAAACCCAAUCCUGUGACACAGAGAGUGAAAGUCAUCAUGUCUCUAGGACUAGUCCUAGUUCAUGCUCAUAGUCGCUGGAUAGCAGAACCAUCUUCACAGGAAAACACCUUAGAAAUGCCCAAGUCUGGCACAAGCAUUGAUGGAAGUAUGCCGAAAAGAAUUGAUCCCAGUGUACCUCUCUGGCAAUUCUAUCUUUCCAGGAUGGUCAGCAUGGAUAUCGAACAAGUAAUUACUCUUGGUCUAGCACUCUUUCUUGCUAUCAAAUACAUCUUCUUUGAGAAGGCGGAAACUCAGUCGUCUUUCUCAUUGGUAGUACAGAAAAAGAAUACCGAUAGCUGCAUGAAUAAUACUGGAACUACCAGAUUCCAAUCAUGUCUAGCAGAUGAGGAACCAACUAGUAAAGAAAAUACAGAUGAAGUCAUUAAGCCUAUUGCAUUUACAAUACCAAAAUUGGUCAAUGAUUCAUCAAAAGCAAAUUUUGUGUUGGGAGACUUCACUCCUCCCAGCUCUUCAUCUUCAGGAACACCUGAAGAGCUGGAUAUCGAGUUGCCAUUAGAACCACGACCAAUUGAAGAAUGCUUAUUCAUACUCCGAAGCCCAGAGCGAGGAGCAAAACACCUUAGUGAUGCUGAGGUAAUCCGUCUGGUGAAUGCCAAACAUAUUCCAGCUUACAAACUGGAGAAUAUGAUGGAAACUCCAGAACGUGGUGUGUUCAUUCGUAGACAGAUCCUGGCUGAAAAACUGCCAAAAACUACUGCAUUACAAAUGCUUCCCUACAAGGAUUACGAUUACUCUCUGGUCAUGGGCACUUGCUGUGAGAAUAUCAUUGGCUACAUGCCCAUCCCUGUGGGAGUUGUUGGACCACUUUUCCUGAAUGGGAAGGAGUUCCAAGUGCCUAUGGCAACGACUGAAGGCUGUCUUGUGGCAAGCACUAACCGUGGUUGCAGGGCAAUAUGUCUGGGUGGUGGAGCACGGAGUCGCGUUUUGGCAGAUGGAAUGACUAGAGGGCCAGUUGUAAGGCUGCCGACUGCAUGUGAGGCAGCAGAAGUGAAAACCUGGCUAGAGAACCCUGAAGGCUUUCAAAUUAUGAAGGAGAUGUUUGACAGCACUAGUAGAUAUGCCCGGCUUCAGAGGCUGCAGAUUGGGCUUGCUGGACGUGAUCUCUAUAUCCGUUUUCAAUCAAAGACUGGAGAUGCCAUGGGCAUGAACAUGAUCUCGAAGGGUACAGAGAAGGCUCUCUCCAGGUUGCAGGAAGAGUUCCCAUCUUUGCGUGUACUAGCAGUUAGUGGCAACUACUGCACAGAUAAGAAACCUGCUGCAAUUAACUGGAUUGAGGGAAGGGGGAAGUCUAUAGUUUGUGAAGCAGUCAUUCCAGCCAAAGUUGUGCAUGAGGUAUUAAAAACCUCUACACACUCUCUUGUAGAAGUGAAUAUCAGCAAAAACCUAGUGGGUUCAGCUAUGGCUGGAAGUCAGGGUGGUUACAACGCACAUGCUGCAAAUAUCGUUACAGCUAUUUAUAUUGCCUGUGGACAGGACCCAGCCCAGAAUAUUGGUAGUUCGAAUUGUAUUACGUUAAUGGAAUCAACAGGCCCCAGUAAUGAAGACUUGUAUAUUAGCUGCACCAUGCCGUCCAUAGAGGUUGGAACUGUUGGGGGAGGAACCAACUUGCCACCGCAGCAAACUUGCCUGCAGAUGCUUGGUGUUCAGGGUGCAAGUCGGGAAUGUCCUGGUGAAAAUGCACGUCAGCUGGCAGAGAUAGUUUGUGGUACAGUAAUGGCAGGUGAACUGUCUCUCAUGGCAGCACUGGCAGCUGGACAUCUGGUGAAAAGCCACAUGAUCCAUAAUAGGUCAAAGGUUAAUCUCCAGGUACUCCCCAGCAACAGUACGAAGAAAGCAGCUUGAUUGCAAUAGAAUAUGUGAAGGGGAUUCACUGUAAAGACUGGCACUUGUACACUGGAAAAAUGCUUUGGAUUUCUGUUUUGAAUUAAAGGGACAAUUUAGUGUGUUCAUGAUCGAUUUUCAGAAUUGCUGGUCUAUACUGUUGACCAGUAUAUCUGAAAUGAAGCAAACGAGGGGGACUCCCAAAGCGAAAAUACCAAUAUCAAAUAGUGUACCCAGAAAUCAUACAGUGGUACGAGUGUAGCCUGCAGAACCUACUAAUGAGAAGAAACUGUAAAAUGUAAAGGACCUUGUGAAUGUUUGCUAUUCCUGCUUAAUCCUAGUGUCUUAAACUCUGUCAUAAGUUAUUAUUUGUUUUUCUUUGGAUUAGUUUCAAAGCUUGCAAUAAUGAGUGUCUUGAGUGAAAUUACUGAAAACAAUUACUGCACUCUUGAUUAAAAACACAUCCCUGGCUGUGGAAAUUGUUUUGAGUAAGGUUAAUAUUACCGUAGACACUUUUUUUUUCUUUUACAUUUUUUUGAAAUUUGUUCACUUUGCACAAAUUCAUAGGUGUUGCACAGUCUUCAAGAGAAAUUCAAAAGUAGGGAAGUUAUAUCAUGAUAGUACAUGCAAACUGUUGGAGAAGUCAAAAUGCUUUAUACGGAGUUUUAACACCUUUUUUAAUACCAACUGAAUUAGCUUUUGCCAAAAAUACUUUUUAAACCUCUACUUCACUGCUAGAAUUGGAGAAUAUAAUCCUUUCCAUGCCUUUGGGGAGAAUACCUGAAGUGUAGUUUGCCAGUAACUGACCUGGAAUUUCCUGACUGCUUGACACAAGUGGUCAAAAAAAAAACUAACUGCACCUAGCUUUUACACUGGCAUCUCCUUAACCAUGUGUGCUGUUUCUCCACAUCCUCUGGUGAACUUGGCACAGAGUGAAACCAAGUAGUUCUCUAAUUAUAUGAAUUGACCAGUUAUGACCAAGCUGUAUUUUUGCCAGAAGUUUAGCUACAGCAGAACCUAGCAUUGUGUCUUGAUAUCUUUACUAUACAUCAUUCUGAUGACAAAGUUCGUAUUUAAGUUUUUAUGGUUGUGAAUUUCAUGACCCUCACCUAUACAUUUCAGUAGAAAAAGAACAGUGCCCAAGGCUGGUACUUCAAUUGAUUCAAGGCCAGUUGUUUCAAAAAAAAAUUCACUCAUCUAAAGUAGAAUGAUUUUCUAUUUCACAUAAUUACAUUGUGAAAAAUAAUUAUGGGUCAUUCAUAACAUUUUGCACAUCUCUCACCACUACAGAGCUUUUCAGUCAUGUUCUCCUUUUUUUAAAAAGCAAGUGAUAGAGUUGUAAUUGAAAUUUAAUAUCCUAUUUACCCCAGAAGUAGAGCAAGAUACUUCUGGUUGUGUGCUCUUGAUUUGUCCCUUUUUAAAGAAAAAUCUGUUGGGCACAUACCCUCUUAAUUCUUUUAUUACAAAUUCUGUCAACAACUUUACAGAUGUUUGAAACUGCUAAGAGGUAGAUUGAUUAUUCUAAGCCUUCACCUGCUGUUUUGGGGAUAUUCUGCAAUGUUAUCAUUUAAGAGUACUCCAUUCGUUACAUAAAGGCAGUAGUGUCCAAGAGACUAUUAGUAAUAAAGAUCUUACAAAUCAAAGACUAAAAGUUUAACUGACAUUACUAUAACUACCAAUGCUGUUAAGCCUAGUAAGUUUUCAAUCAAGAAAGUGUUUGAAACAAGUCAUGGACAUGCAAUUGCUUGAUACCCUAUUUACCAAGAAAUGUUUACCAACAUUUUAAAAAUACUUUUAAAGAUAGAUCAGUCAUUCAAAUGAAACAAGAUUUAACAGGCAAUGCUGUAUGCAAAAUGUGUAACAUCAUCUGAACAGGUUUAAUCAAAUGUAACUGGCUGUUCAGAGGCCCAAGACUUUUUAGACUUGACUAUAUCAAAACAGUAACUGUACUGUGAUUGUAUUGUACUUAGAGGCAAAAGUUCAGGGUUCUUGCUCAUGAAAAGCAGAAAUAGAAACAACUACCAGUCUACCACAAUUCUAGCACAUGCUUUUACAAGGGGAGAAAUUCAUUAAAUACAUUUUCAAUAUGAAA